CACAAACAGAUAGGGAGAGUGGAGAGAGAAAGUGUGGAAUGCCUAUGCCGAUGAGAGCUUUGUCAACGCCAGCCGCCGGAGGUACCAUCCUCUGCAACCACCGCCACCUUCUUUCUCUACAGCAUCCACACCAAUCGCCUCUACCCCGUCCCCACGCUCGAUCCAGGCCCUCAAUCUUCCCCUGUCAACACCCUCUCCCUCGAUCUCUCAAACCUCUACUGCUCCUCACCAGAGCUGCCGAAUCCACUCCCCCUCCAUCCGCCGCUUCUCCUUCUUCCUUGUCGGACAAGACGAUUGUUGUAGAUGAGGAGUUUUCGUUAGCUAAGGUUUCAUUUGGUGUUAUUGGACUGGGUCUUGGAAUUACACUACUCUCAUAUGGUUUUGGGGCAUACUUCAAUAUCCUUCCUGGAUCUGAAUGGUCAGCAAUAAUGCUAACAUAUGGCUUUCCUCUUGCAAUAAUUGGUAUGGCUCUCCAGUAUGCAGAACUUAAACCAGUUCCAUGCUUGACUUACUCAGAUGCUCAAAAGUUAAGAGAACGUGCCACCCCAAUUCUUAAACAGGUCAGGAAUGAUGUUAUAAGAUAUCGUUAUGGGGAUGAACAGCAUCUGGAAGAAGCAUUGAAACGGAUUUUUCAGUAUGGUCUGGGUGGUGGAAUUCCAAGGAGGAGUGCGCCUACUCUACAAAUGAUUCGUGAAGAAGUAACUGAAGAUGGUAAAUACUGUUUAGUGCUGGUGUUUGAGGCAAAAGCCCUGCAGUUGUCAGAUUUUGAAAAAAGACAGGCAAAAUUUGCUUCAUUCUUUGGACCGGGGAUCACAGCUGAAGUUGCAAAGGGAGAGAAUGACCUAUACGAAGUCCGUCUUAUUUCCAACUCAACACCAUAGGUAAGUGUACAACAAACUGUAUGACAAUAUCUGAUAGUAUUCAAAAUUCUUGUACAAUAUUUAGAUUCAGUUGAGCACACAUCAUUUUAAUGCUAUUGUAUUCAAAUGCAAAUUUGAGGAAAAAAUGAUGUGCAAGAUCAGUUGAAGAGAGGAUCUCUUACGCUUUCUCCCCUUUGAUCUAAUAACACGUUUCUUUUCCCUCACAAGCCUGGAGUACAGCAUAUUUAGCUCAAAGUGCCUGUAGUUGUAGAGCUAAGGUACUUCUUGUAGAUCUUGACCAUUUCCUGGUUUCUACUAUUGUAUUUUUUAUGCAAAGUUCUUGGUUUGUUCAGAGGAA